GUGUACUAGAAAACCUGUCUGAUUACCCGAUGUUGUGCAAUCCACCGGGUUGCUAUUUCGGGAAUAUUACCCCUCAAAAUAACCACAAUUUCGCCAUAACACAGCCUUUUCAUCGUGAGAACUUAUAUUUUUGGGUGGAUAAACCUGGAAGGGUCAUUGUUUUACGUUUUCCCGUAGUGGAAACACUCCAUCAGAGAGGUAACAAUGUUUUACUUUUAGUUUUAAUUUUACGUUUUAGUGUUGGUGCAUGCAUGGUGAACCGAUAACUGCAGUGCAACAUGCAGUGCAGUGCUAGUGCAUUGCAAGUCUGCAUGUCGGAUUAUGUUUGUUGUGAAGAAGAUGAUGUACUGUGCUGUGUGCUGCAUGCUAUGUGUGACCCGAUCCGAGAACUUGGGCUGUGGCAGGCUAAACCAUAGACGUAGUGUAGUAGAGAGGUCUAAAGUGCUACGCUGCUUAUAAAUCUAGUUUCUCUAGCUGGAUACAGGAAACUAAUCUCAGGAAUUUCUCAGGCGGUUUCCCCACGCUUCAAAUUCAAGAAGGGGAAGUUCUAACAUCUGAAACAACCAAGAGCAAAGGGGAUACUAUCUAAGGAACAUUAAUUAAAACAUCAGGAUCUCGCCAAUCAAAUCUACCUUCAAGUUACACCACCUCAACAACAUAAGUCGUAUCAAUUCAAAUUGUAAUCUGGUCAAAGACAGAACAAUGAGUACGGGAGGAAAAGUUGCAUGGCCUGCUGCCAACCCUUGGGGCAAAAGCCCGCCUGUUGCUGUCUCGUCACUGAGUAGUGUCAUGGAUGAGGAGUAUGCCUUACAACUGCAGAAGGAGGAAGAGAGAGUCGCUGUGCCAAACGCUGAUGCAAGUCCCACACUGGCCACACAUGACAUCCCAUGUGAUGUCAUGAUUGAAGAAGGCAAGGAGACCGACAGUGAUCUUCUUCUGGCUCAGAUGCUUCAGCUUCAGUUUAACAGAGAGUAUGAUGCUGAACUCUCCAGGGAGGAACAGAAAUACAACAAAGAUAGCAAAGUUGGUAUAUCCUUCUCAAAUUAUCGUUCUGUCCAUCCUGCGUAUGAUGACGAUGAAGAUGAUGAUGAUGAUGAUGAUUACCAAGAAGAAUGGAUUCUUGGUGAUGAAGGAAGAGAAGCGGAAUUACUUGCACCACCUAGCCCUACGCCGGGACAGAAGAAGUCGAUCGUUACAAAACACGAUGCACAAGUAUGUGGGAGGAAGAACGCCAGUAGAGUCAUGAAUCAGUUUCCGCCUGCCUUUCCCACCGGUAACAGCUUUGGGAUGGAUAUGAAGCUAUCAAACAGUGUCUACAACGUGCUCAAGAUACACUCACAGAAAGAAGAGAGUAAAGCACAGAGACUGCACGAGAAGAAAGAACAUUCAACAGCUGAAAUGGCUGUGGAUUCUCGAACCAGGAUCAUGCUGUAUAAACUUGUCAACAACGGUAUGUUAGACUCGAUUACAGGCACCAUCAGCACCGGCAAAGAGGCAGUUGUCAUUCAUGCAUAUGGAGGACAAAUUGAUGAUCACAUUAUACCACCGGAGUGUGCCCUGAAGGUCUUCAAGACGACGCUGAACGAGUUCAAGAAACGAGACCAGUACAUCCGCAACGACUACCGCUUCAGAGCCCGCUUCAAGAAACAGAACCCACGUAAAUUCAUCCAAAUGUGGGCUGAGAAGGAGAUGCACAAUCUCAAUCGGAUGCGAGAGGCUGGAAUCCGAUGCCCAGAGGUUGUGUUGCUACGGAAACACAUCCUGGUCAUGUCUUACAUUGGCAAAGACCAGAAGGCAGCACUCAAACUCAAGCACGUGAAAUUCUCUGUUAGCGAGGCACAGUGUGUCUAUGAAGAGUGUCUCGAGAUGAUAGUGAAGUUGUAUCGUCAGUGUAACUUGAUUCAUGCCGACUUGAGUGAAUACAACAUCUUAUGGCACGAAGGGCAUCUAUGGUUCAUCGAUGUCAGUCAGUCUGUAGAGCCAACCCACCCUCAUGGCUUAGAGUUUCUUCUCAGGGAUUGCACAAACAUCAGCAAUUUCUUCCGUAAGCUUGGAGUCCAUGGUGUUCUCAAGCCUCAUGAGCUCUUCAACAUGGUGACAGGUCUGGAGCUUCAGUUUGGAGAUGAGCAGGAGUUUCUCUGUCGGAUCGAAGCCCUGCAGCAGAGUGAGAAGUUCAAGCCUUCCAGUCCCAAGGAGAACAACUUCGCCUUUGACUACUUCUUCGACAAGGUGAAGGGCGAGGAGCAGGAAGGGGAAGCAGAAGAAGGGAAGAAGAAGAAGAAGAGGAAGAAGAAGAAGGAGAAGCAGAAGAAGGAGAAACCGAAGGAGGAGAGACUCAAUCUGAUAAUGGGAGCAGUGAUCAAGCCAGUGGUUCCUCAAAGAAGGAUUAAUUACUUGGAUUAUGUCCCACGUUAAGAGAAGUAGGGGGAGGGGGGUGGUUUUCCUGGAAGUAUCCAGACAUAGAUGUAGUCUUAGAUGACAGCGGCUUUAAUUAGAGCAUUUAUCAUCAAGUUAUUUUUUAUUAUGUCAGUCUGUAUAUAUUCCUGUGGUUCUUCUGUACCUGUUGUGUCCCCGUGCUCCCUUCCAUUCAUCUUUCUUCUCUCUCUCUCUACCAUGUCCCCUUCUUUCACCCCCCCCCCCCUCCCCCCCCCCCCCCCCUCCCCCCCCCCCCCCCCCCCCCCCAAUCCAUCCCUUUCUGUCUCUCCCUGUCACCUAGCCCUCUCCUCUUGCCCGAUCCAUUCCCAAGUUUUCAGUAGUUUCUUUGAUUAAACUUGAUCGGUCAUUUGGACAGAAUAGUUCUUAUAAAGGAAGUUUCUGAACAACAUUGAUGUUUAAGAAUAAAAUGGCUAAAAUACAUGCCAGUGAUAUGGAAUUCACUUUCAGGCAACUGGAUGAAACAAAAGAAUGAUUGAUGAUGUUAGUUAUUAUCCAUUUCAUUCUUUUCUUCUGUAUAGAAACCUAUCUUAAAAAUGUGAACUUUUAAGGGGAAUUGCUUUUUUUAGAUUGUUUGAUUGGGUAAAAGCUUUAAUAACAGAGUAGCAGAUUAGUGAAAAGUGAAGAAAAUCAUAACUCCUGAUUAAUUUUUAUAUUUAAUUUUUAGAAUAUUUUUUUUAAGUUUUACAUUUAAUUUUUUUGAAGUCAUAAUGCACAUUCACUUUUUGUUUUAAUGGAAUCCUAUACAACGGCUUUAAAUUAUUUUUUUAAUUAGUGCGAGUGUCCCAAUUUACUUUCAUUUGCAAUACCAGCUUGAACAGAAAAAUGCUCAAAACCUCAGAUAAAUGAUGUAAGCGUAAUGCAAGCUUUCGCCCAAAUCACAGAAAUUUCAUGGUUCAAACUUUAAAUUUUUCUGAUACUUAAGCAGCAGGAUUGACCUGUUACAUGCUUAAAGGGAAAUCCGACCUCAAUAGACAACUUCUUUCAAAGAACGCAGACAAAAUUAGAGAAGCAAAUGGGUAAAAGAUUUAACCUAAUCGGCCACAAAUAAGAAAGUUACAAAUUAUUGAAAGUUUUAAUCACUAAAGGUACGAGUACUUCAAAUUGGCUGAAUCGGUUGUGUAACUGUGAGGUGGUGCCUGACACUUAUCCCAUUUGUUUCAACACACAAAAUGAUUAAAAUUUAUUUAAUUUUCUUCAAAAUGUAUGAAUCAGGAGGGUCUUUUGUUUUUGAGAAGACCUUUUAUAAUAUACUAUCUAUGAUAUAUUUGGAGUAGUGCCCCAUGGGCCUGGAAGAUGUAUUUUUUUUAAACACAACAAAUGGGAGAGUUAUCCCCAACUACAUCACAAUCCACUGACCAAAUUGCCAAUAUGAGAUCCGCAUCUAGAUGUAAUGAUCUCCUAUUUCAAACAUUCAUAACUUUUGCAUUAUUGGACUGAUUUAUUUCAAACUUUUGCCAUUAAGUUUCUUUGAUUCUUUUGCUUUCAUAUAAAUGAACUUAUUACAAAGGUUGGAUUGCCCAUUAUUAAAAGUUAAAUGGAACAGACGAUGCCUUGCCUUAAGUCUACAGUAUUUUAUCAUUGGGUGUCUCUUACUUUACCAAAUAUUGUGAAAUUCCGAUCCUUAAUAAUACUUGGUCUGAUCCAAGUGCUAGAAGAACUUUAUACAAUCAUUAGAUAUACAUGUACUUUAUCUCAUAUAUGCUCAGUAUUAAAAGUAUGGGACAAAAUAGCAUAUACUUGCUCCUGUAGUAAAGUUGUCUCUUUGGUGCAAAUUUUAUCUGAGGAUUGCAAGAUCUUUGCAAUUGCUGGAUGAUAUCUAUCUUGCAAUUCAUGAUGUCGAAUGAUUUUGAGAUAAAUAUUGGUACACAAAGUGAUGUUUUUGUUUCAGUGUUUCACUUCAAAUGUGCAGUUUUCCAUAAGUUUGCCCCUUCAAUCACAAAUAUUUUGAUGAAAUGCAAAUUUUGUGUUAAGUAAUUAAUGAUUUGCAGGACAUUUGGAUGGUAAUGAUAUUCAAUUUUUGUGAUAACAUCUUGUAAUUUCAAUUGACAUUAAUUUAUUUAAGGGUAAUUUUUAUUCUAUUUAUGAAACUGUUCUUUGUUUUGAAAAAAAGUAAAUCAAAGAAACUGAAAUAAA